AUGAGUGAUACUAAAAGUAUAGAGAUUAUUAGCCUUUUUAAUAACAAUACAAAUAAUGCUAAAGAUAUAAAAAACAUGAAUUACCUUGCUGAUAUUAUUGAAAAAAACAUGGAUACUAGUUCUUUUCAAGUAACUUCAAUUAUUAGCAAUGCUGAAAAUAAUGUGUCAAGAUUAUUUAUUGGAAAAAAAACUAUCAAGUUGGGCAUCAUUGUUACAUCUUUCUUGAAUGAUGCUGCACAAACAUCCAAUUGGCUUGAUACUCAAAAAGAAAAAGACCCAAGAUGGGUUGUGGCAAGAGAUUGGGAUAAAGAUAACACACUUACUUACUUAAUGUGA